AUGAAGGCCGUUCUCGCUCUUACCGCUUCCAUCUCCCUCGCCAGCGCUGCUCUUUUGCCGCGUCAGCUCGACCAGAUCCCAUCGUGCGCUCUCCAAUGCGCUCUUGGCAGCUUGCAAUCCACCGGAUGCCCUACCACUGACUUCGCCUGCAUCUGCAGGGCCAGUGCCUUUGUUUCUUCCCUUAUUCCUUGUGUUCAGGCUGGGUGCUCCGAGGCCGAGAUCGCGUCCACCAUCCAGGCUGCCACUGGACUUUGCGAGGGUGCCGGUGUUUCCCUAAGCAUCCCACCUCUCGGCAGCCAGACUAGCGCUGCUACUUCUGCCAUGGAGACAACCUCUGCCCCAGCUGCCACCACCUCUGAGACCGAGGCCAUGACAUCCUCUGCUCCAUCGACCGAGGCCACCACCGCCCCAUCUUCCGUCGCCAUGACAUCCUCUGCUGAGACUACUGGGGCCCCAGCUACCACCUCUGCUGGUGGCGCCAACGGCACCGUUAGCACUACCGGUCCACCAAACCCAACUGGUACCGAACCCGGUGCCGCCAGCCGAAACACCGUCGCUCUUGGUGGACUCGGUGCCGUUGUCGCUCUCAUUGCUGCCUUCUUGUAA